AUGAGUGAUUUUAGCAUUGAUUAUAUAUUGAAUCGCGCUGGCGAUAGAUUUGUGGGCACCAAUGCCUCCGUUGGCAUUCUUCAGAGAUUGGGCGUUAGUCUAGCACAUCGUUAUCAUCCAUAUGGACACCGAGAGACAAGUCCAGUUGCUCCGCUGGAAAAUGCUGGAGCUGGACCCAUGUACGAUUGGCUGCAAUACACACGCUAUCAUCCACCCAAAUUGCCCCGGGCACUGCGUCAAGGACCCGCGAAACGGAUGCCAGGACGACUGCCAAGAAUACCUUUCACACCCGGUCAGCUGCAGGCUCUGGAGUCCGCCUACAAGGAGUCCAAUUAUCUGAGUGCCGAGGAUGCAAAUAAAUUGGCCGAGUCAUUGGAGUUGACAAAUACCCGUGUGAAGAUCUGGUUCCAGAAUCGUCGCGCUCGCGAACGAAGAGAGAAACGGGAAAAGGACGAAAGCUGUGAUUCCACUUUCUCAUCAAAUGCAUCCAGUCCAGAGCCGGAUAUGAUUGUCAUUGUUUAA